CUCUAGGCAAUCAAUAGUCGAUCUUCAUGUGUAUGAACCUAAAACGUCACGAACCACGGCAAAGCUGGAACGUAAAUUAUUAAUGUGUUCCGGAACAGGAUUUAGAGCUGAAAAUGGAUAAUCUCUUGAUACUGCUUCUGUCGACCCUAGUGUCUUAUAUCCUUGCUGGAGAAAUAUGCUAUUUCAGGAACUACUUCGGCGUUAGAGGUAGUAAAUAUUGUUAUUCCUCCUGCUGUGGAACAUACUAUAACCGUUACUGUUGCUACAGAACAAGCGGUGGUACGAUCGCCGGGGCAGUAGUUGGGGCAAUAAUAUGCGUGGCCAUUAUUGCGGGGGUGGUGGUGUGUAUUGUCAAAAAGAACAAGCGCUCAAGAGGGGCAAUAAUCGCGCCAUUCAACACCAACACAACUGGCGUCACUAUAGUGCAUUCCAACACACAGAACCAGUACUCUGGGACAUCAAUGACGAUGUACCCUACCGGAGCCCAAGGAUUCAGCCACGCCCCUCCGCCUCCCAUGUACAACCAACCGGCAGGGUACCCUCAGUACCCCCCGCCUCAGUACCCCGCGCAUGUUAGCGGGGGCAUACACCCUGCCUACCCACCAAAUCCUGCAUAUCCCAUGUGACAGAACGCACAAUU